AUGGCGUCGAGCACAACUACGCCUACGCCUACGCCGUGUUUUGCGGAGGGCGAAGACCCGCAGCAGCUUAGCUCCGAUACGGCAGCUUUGCAGACGCAGGAAUGGAUAUUAGAUACAGAUGGGAUGGGAGUGUUAAAAACAUUUCAUUUUAAGAGUUAUUUCAAGGCGAUAGCAUUCAUGAAUUUGAUUGCGGCCGAGAGCUCGGCCAAGAAGCAUCACCCCACUAUGACGGUGCGCUUCGGCUCUGUUGAUGUCCACUGGACUACGCAUAAGCCGCGAGGCCUCACCCACAAGGAUAUUGCGCUCGCGCAACACUGUGAUAAUGGAGCUGGAUUGAUGGGAGCUGUGGAUGCAGGACAAUCGUUGAAGUGUGGACCGAGUGAGACAAAAAGCUAA